AGCGUUACUGCCGCUUUCACGGACGCUAGCGCAGUAUCAAUGGCGACGUUUUUCGGGGAAGUUCAGUCUGUGUACUCACGCGCUAUCGAAGAAUACGAUGAGGACCUGGACGGAAACGAUGAGGACGAACAAAUUCGCCAAGAAGUGCAGGAAAAGAGGGAGGUGCAUCUGUCAUGGUACUCCGAGGACAGCCAGGCAUUAGGAGGCCGUUUUCUUCAGUGUUCAGACUUCAUCCUAGCAGUGGGCCAUAAUGCUGCAAGUUUUUUGUCAGCGUAUUUUGUGAAAACGGAGAACUGGAAAGCAAUAGGACAUGCAACGCUUUGGAACGAGAGGACUUCGACCAGAGUCGGACAAACUAGUGAGCAGCCAACAGGCGUUUUCUACAGACAUGUAGAGGAUCCUUCAGUUUUGAUGUGCAAAAUCACUGACUACAUUGCAGAGGAUCAGCUGUUUCAGUGGACUGAAAAGGUAUUUGGUUGUCUCCAGCCAAGAGGUCUGAAUGUGAUUGUAUUGUCGGACAGCCUUGCAGCUGAUUACAUGACAUCAGACUAUCUCCGUGACAGCAUGGGCCUGUUCUUGCGCUGUCUUCAGACCAGUGUUUCCAAAAGAAAGAUCAUCUGCCCCUUGCUUGAGCAGCCUAAUAUAGUCAGUGGACUUCCAGCCGCAGUUCUCAGCCACUGCCAGGUCCAUCAUAUCCCCGCUGUUGCCUAUCAGUGUUACAGUGAUGUUAUUAGACCAGACUCCACCACCAUGGAGGCCUACAAGCCUGUAUUGACCAUCCUUAACAAAAUUAUCAAGCUGGAUGUAGGUCCAAAUGCAGAUGUCCUGUCCAAGUUUGCCAAAACCAGUGACGUUCAGAGCAAUCUUUAUAUCUAAAUGUUCCCAUGGCUGUAAAUAAGGUUUGUAUGUUAUGUAUGAAAAUACAAUUCUAAUAAAAAAAUAUA